UAACAAUAAAUUCACUUAAGGGUGUGUUGUACAGAUAAACCUUGGCAUUAUGCAAAGAUUAGCUCCAGGUUGGGCACACCUGAAUGUUCUCGACAGGUAAGCUGGAAUGGAGCAAGAGAAACUUGUUCACCCACAGGGAAAGUUCAUGUUCUGAAGAAUUUCCUUUCAGUGUCUCCUGGGAAGUCUGAGUUCCCAGAAUGGCUUUGUCAUUUCAUGAUUUUAUGAAUCGCAUUGAACAGCAUCAUCAUGUCUGAAGUUCUGCUUUCAGGUGUUUUGGAGAUCAAGAAGAAAAUCACAAUUUGGAUGUGAGAAGAAGGACAUGAGGAGACUAAAGACCUGGGAUUUUGCUGAUCAGAAUGAAACCAAUGUUGCAAGAUUUUUCCAAUCUGCUGUUGGUGGUGCUCUGUGACUACGUUCUUGGUGAAGCUGAAUAUCUCUUCUUGAGAGAACCAGGCCAUGUAGCCCUGAGCAACAGCACGGUGUCUGUGGAUUUCCGGUACUUUGAUGAGGGUAAUGGCACCCUAAGGAAUGUGUCUGUCCUGCUUUGGGAAGCCAGCACCAAUCAGACUGUUACUACCAAGUCCCUCCUGACCAACCAGUCCCAGGGAACGCUGGAGUUUGAAUGCUUCUGCUUCAAGGAGGCUGGUGACUACUGGUUCCUGACAAUGGCUCCAGAAGUGACAGACAACAGCACUCCCUUCCCGUGGUGGGAGAGAGGUGCCUUGCUGAAGGUGGAGUGGCCCAUCUUUCACAUUGACUUAAACAGGACAUCCUGGGCAGCAGAAGGCACCUUCCAGGUGGGCUUCUCUACCAGUCAGCCCCUGUGCCCCUUUCCUGUGGACCAGCCCAAUGUCUUGGUGGAUGUAACCUUCGCCAAUAGCCUUCCUGAGACAAGAACGGGUCCCGGACAGCCACUGGAGAUAAAAACCAGCAAAAGGACGGGACUCGCACAGGGCCAGUGGGUUGAGUUUGGCUGUGCACCAGUGGGGCCAGAAGCAUAUGUUACCGUGGUGCUGAAACUGCUUGGCAGGGACUCGGUCAUGGCCACCACAGGGCCCAUUGACCUGGCCCAGAAGUUUGGAUACAACCUAGUCAUGGCGCCAGAACUCACAUGCGAGUCUGUGGUGGAGGUCAUGGUGCUGCCGCCACCGUGCAUCUUUGUCCAAGGAGUGAUGGCUGUGUUCAAGGAGGCCCCCAGGCGCCCAGGGGAGGGGACCGUCCAGCUGGCUCAGAACAGCCUGCCACUGGGAGAGAGGAGAACCGCGUUCAAUUGCACGUUGUUUGAUGUGGGGAAAAACAAAUACUGCUUUGAGUUUGGCGCAUCAAGAAAAAGCCAGCUUUCUGCAAAGGAAAAGGAGUGCAUGCUCAUUCAGAGAAAUAUAGAGACUUGGGGACUGUGGCAGCCAUGGAGCCAGUGUAGCACCACAUGUGGGGAUGGUGUCAGAGAGCGUCGUCGGGUGUGUCUCACCUCCUUCCCCUCCAGACCCGGCUGUCCUGGACCGUCCUUGGAGACUUCUCUGUGCUCCCUGGAGGAGUGUGCUGCGCUCCGGCCUUCCAGCUCAUCUCCUCUUCAGCCCCAGGGUCCAGUGAAGUCUAACAACGUGGUGACCGUCACGGGCAUCUCGCUAUGCAUGUUCAUCAUUGUGGCCACCGUGCUCAUCACGCUGUGGAGGAGAUUCGGCCGCCCGGCCAAGUGCAGCACCCCUGCCCGACACAACUCCCUCCGCUCUGCUGGCUUCCGGAAGAAUUCGGACGAAGAGAACAUCUGCGAGUUAAGCGAGACACGGGGCAGCUUCUCGGAUGGGGGCGAUGGGCACGCGGGGAGCCCUGGUGACAUGGGUAUCCCCCUGACCUACCGGCGCAGCGUGCCCGCAUCUCCCGAGGAUGACGCCUCUGGCAGCGAGAGCUUCCAAUCCAACGCCCAGAAGAUCAUCCCGCCUCUGUUUAGUUACCGUCUGGCCCAGCAGCAGUUGAAGGAGAUGAAGAAGAAAGGGCUGACAGAGACCACCAAAGUGUACCAUGUAUCUCAGAGUCCCUUGACGGACACGGCUGUUGAGGCUGCUGCUGGCACCCCCUUAGACUUAGAAAGCCCGGAAGAAGCUGCUGCCAACAAGUUCCGCAUCAAAUCCCCCUUUGCUGAGCAGCCUGCGGUCAGUACUGGGGAGAGACCUCCCUCCAGGCUGGAUCGAGGCGUGUCCCAGACCGCUUGUGCCAUAAGCCCCAGCCAGACCUUGAUCCGCAAGUCCCAGAUCAGGCAUGUGGGUGUCAGAGGGCCACCCGCAGACAGGAGCCAUCCCAGGAAUUCUCACUUCCGAAGGACAGCUAGUUUUCACGAAGCCAAGCAGGCCCGGCCGUUCAGGGAGAGGAGCAUGUCCACGCUCACCCCACGCCAGGUCCCCAGUGCCUACGGUUCUAGGAUGCGGCCCUGGGACCAGGCAGAGGACAGAUCCCGGCCUCAGAGUCGAGGGGCCCACCCACUUCCUGAGAAACAGGAUGCUCUGCAAGGUGCAGGAGGCAGCAGUGGCCCCUUAAGUCCACUUCCUAAAUGCUAUGCCAUGGGCCAGCCUUCAAGGAAACCAGAGCUGGGUGACCACCGCCAGACAGGGGUUGAGAGAACAGAGCCACACAGGGCCCGGAGAGGACCAUCCCCCAGUCACAGGAGUCUCUCAAGGAAGCAGUCCUCCCCCACCCGCCCCAGAGAUGGCUACCAGAGGGUCAGCCCACUGAGCCCUUCACAGUGCAGGAAGGACAAGUGUCAGAGCUUCCCAACUCAGCCUGAGUUUGCCUUCUAUGACAACACAUCCUUUGGCCUCACCGAGGCUGAGCAGAGGAUGCUGGACCUCCCAGGUUACUUUGGAUCCAACGAAGAGGAUGAAACCACCAGCACGUUGAGUGUGGAGAAGCUGGUGAUCUAGAGUAAGAAAUAACCCAGGACCCUGCACAGCUGAAGGCCCACGGCUCAGUGUCCGCCACAAACACACACUGUCCUGUGGACAGCUUUGUGUACCUGUUGGGACAAUCAGACGAAAGGUGGGGAGGAAGUAGCCUACGUGCAGGAGGGUGUGUGUGUGUCUGUGUGCGUGUGUGUGUGUGCAUGCCCGUGUGUUUUAAUUUGUGAGGAAGUGGUUAUUUAUCCUGAACUUUUCGCUUUGUUAUCCUGUUUUUAUUGACUUACUACUAAUAACAAUGAUAAUAAAAGUUAAACAAAAACAAAUGGAGGGUGUGGUAUGCAGGGUGGCUAUGAGAGAUGACCAAGAUAGGACUUGGUGAGUGGGAUAUGCUUUGAAGAUUGCAUGAAGUUUCCAAUUUGAAGCAGAAAUCCGAGAGCAUCAGCUAGUGUUAAGUUGGUAUCACAAUUAUGAAUUAUAAUUUAUCGAGUUAUACAUAUUUAGGACUUAACACUUAUAGUUGCAGUAUUGAACAGGUAUUCUAUUUGGCUGAUAAAUGAACAAUAUCCAUUUGACUACUAAACUACCUAGAAAUGAUGAUGCUGCAGAAUAUUCCAGAAAAGCUUUGAGCUUUUUCAGCCCAGAGUUGGCUCUGAUCGCAUCAAUGCUUUUAGUGAAACACAAAGUCUAGGUGACUUUAAUUGUGUGAGUUAAUUUGGCUUUGGAUAAAUAGCAUAAAAAAGCUGGUUUUUCUGGUAAUGAAUCAAAUGAAGGCCUUAGCCAUCGUGGUAGUGAAAAUGUUUUGUGAAAGGAUCCAGUUGGGACAUGGGAGGUGGGUGCUGACUGGGACACAGCCCAGCCCCAGGAAGCCACUGUGGGUCCCUGGACCAGCAGCGUGGUGAUUGCUGUCCCAACAUUCAUGCCUGUGUGUUUGCAAACAGGCCUUCAUCGCAUUAUUUACACAAUGUGGGAAUUUCUCUUUGAUACAUGAUUUAAUUAGAACAAAGAGAUGAAGAGGGGAGAAGAGGAGAAGAAAGGUCUUCCUAGAAACAUAGGAUCCCAUCUGUUUGCUGACUCCGCCUUCCCUGUUCUGCAGGAAGGGCUUAGGGGCUCAAAGGACCCCAGCAGACGCUGGCGUGGGACGUGGGCUGGUGCACCCUGCUGUAGCCUGUGUGAGGCUCUCAAAAGCAGCAACUCCAGGAGAAAGCUGGCUCCUCUUGCAGCAAGAAAUCAAAAAGAAAAAAAAGACAAAAAGAAAGGUCUCUUGGCUUUUCCCAAAGGAAGCUUCCCACUGAUGGAUGAUCUGUGAGGCCUGGUCUUGUGUGAUG